AGCCAUUUGGCCGAGGCGCUGCCAGGGGGGGGGGGGAGUGCCGACGCGAUGCCCGACAAGACGCCAGACACGCUGCCUGGCGCAGGCAUCGACGUCCAACCAGGCCCAGGGAGCGCCACUCGGGAUGACGGGGACCCUGGCGUCGCGACGUUCCAGUUCCAGGACGAGGACCACACGCUGGGGAAUUCGAUUCGGCACAUGCUGAUGAGGCACCCCGACGUGGAGUUCGCCGCGUACCACGUGCUGCACCCCUCGGAGCCCGUCAUGAACGUGAGGGUCGAGGUCCGCGAGGGGACCACCACGGCAGAGGCUGCCAUGCUGGAGUCGCUGGACAACCUGUCGCGGGUCUGCGACCACAUGCUCGACACCUUCGACCGGGCCGUGCAGGAGCACUCCCGGGGGCUGCCCAAGGACGCCGGCGGGCGGCUGGCGCGAGAGUUGCGGGAGGCGCAGGCGCUGGACAAGGCGCCAACCGCGGACCAGAAAUCGCCGCUGGGCUAGGAGGCCCCCAGGAAGGAGGUCACGCCAGGCCGCGCGACUCUUGCGCUGCCGCCCAUCACUGACGCGGGAAGUGGCGCAGGCUCACUUGUCCCUCGUGGAUCCUCCCCCUUCCUCGAUGUCCCUGCUAUUCCUCAUCCUCCUCC